CACCAGCGGCGGAGCAGUGAACGGCGAUACGCCGCGAUCGAAGGAGGCUCUUUGCAGGCUCUUGAGCGAGCGGGGCACGGCCGAAUAAAGGCGCGCGCCUUACUUAACGAGGCACCCCGCGCGUUUCCCCUUUCUCCCCCCUCGAUCGCACAUUCAUUUCACUCGCUCUCUCGCUAGCUCGCUCGUGUUCGCGCGAGAGUAGUCGACAGUGGUCGACAGCCGCAGCCGUCGCGAGGAGAACUUGGUUCACGCUGCCGAGGACCUUUUCGCCCUGUCGAUCCUUUUGCCGUUGAUAGUGUCCGCCGAUCGUGUCACCGAGUAUUUUUGAUAGUUUUGCGGAUUAAUCGUGGAAAAACGCAACGGUCUCGUUGCGAGCCAACGCUACUUUCGCCGAUUAUGGAUAGGAGAGAGCGCGGUGACGAGCAGCGCGAGUGCCUAUCGCGAACCAGUCUGUGAACCAUAUUGUAGGCGGUGGAGAACGGCGGAGGCGGUCGCGGGGCGACGCGACGUGCUCGCCAGGCGCUGUCACUCGAGAGAUUGACUAUCGGAACGCAAAAUGGUAUCGAGGCGGAAAAUACUUUCGCGUUCGCGAGAUAAUCUUGUGGAGUCGCAGUACGAGGAACAAGAUGAAGAAGACGUGUGGUAUAACUUGGAUAAAUUGUACAAGGAUCACAUACAAGAGGUCUUAGAUAAAUGGAAUCAGAUAGAUGACGAAAUUUGGGCGAAAGUUAUUGUUUUUGAGAGGAACAGACGGGUUGCGAAAGCGUAUGCCAGAGCACCUGUCCUCACGAUAAACGGCUCGAAUGACGGAUUCGACGGAUUCAGAAUAGGGCUUUGCGGAUUUGAUAAUCCUAUGAGAGACUCGAAAACGGAGGAGGCUAAGCGUCAUAUAAACCAAGGAGUUAAAAUAAAGAUGGAUGAGCAGGGCAAUAUUCUCAUCAAGAGAUUAUGUAAAAAUAACGUGUAUGUGAAAUCAACGAAUCAGGAGGACAAUGCGAUCGGUCCAGAGAUCAUACGUAAUUCGCAGGGUGCGCUCGAGCACGAGAAACCCGGAAAGCUGUUCGACAUGAAUAAAUUCCAAACGAAUCUGUCGCGAGAGACACGAAGGGCUUAUCCGGAUAGACGACGAUUGGAGAUGCAAUGCCUGAGCGCUAUCAUAUUCGUGAGAACGGAAGCCGACUUGCUUCAGUGCCCCGUAUGGGUGCUCAUCGUCAACGUGGUAGGAUUGGACAUGCUCAAGUCGAAGCUCCCACCAGUUCUAGCAUUACAGAGGCCGGUGGAUAUAAAGAAUAGACCUAGAAUACCAAUUCCUGACGAAGAUCCCUAUAGCGUGGCCGGUGUGUCAUCGUCCGUAGGUCCUAGCGAAAUAAUGUCGACAGAUAGAGACUCGCGGGAGCAAAUCUACAUGCAGUCAACGAGUUACCAGCAUCGGCGUGCAGAGAGACCGCCGAAAUUGCCGCCUCGAGAAAAUCUCUAUGGUCACGGCAUCCCCAAGCCUGAUUACGACGAUAUAGAGGACGACUACGGUAGGACGAUGAAGCACCACAUGAUGGAGGAGAAGCGAAGUAAACACGACGAUAAGAAAAAAUACGACGAUCCAUAUUAUUGCGGUUUACGGGCACGCGUGCCCAAUUUCGUCAAAAUGGCAAGAAAUGGUCACAGCAAGGUGGGUCCUCCUCCGCCUCGAGGACAUCCCAGGACACAGCCGGCGCCGUCUUAUGUAGGCGCCGCUUACGCUAGUAGUCAAUCUUCCCAGAUAUAUGGGCAUCUACCGGCCCAUCGACCGCCCAUUAUGUAUCAUGCCAGAAGCUUCGAAAGCGGGCUUGAUUCGGACAAUAGGAAUGAGUCGCCGUAUAAUCACAUAUACGGAAGGUUACCGAUCCCGACGAGAGGCGUGAUACCUCCGACCCCGCGUGCUAUGUAUAUUGGAGAGUGGGAUUAGAUGUAAGAACUAUCUCGGCGUUUGUACUUAUAAACUCUCUCUGUAUAUUGUUAAUAUACCACAUAAAUACUCAUAU